AUGUGUAUAACCACGGCGUCGCUGCAGAUCAUAACCAAACCAGGAGGACUUUUUUCGGACAUGUUGUCAAUAAGUAAAAUAAUUAUAGGAACGGAACCCGCUGUCGUCGCUGUGCUAGGACGAUUCCCUCUAGCUGAGCACAUCUAUAUCGGAGACGUUAAUCAAUCAGAACCUCGCGUCCAUUGCCCCCAGUCUUCGCGAGCUGCACGUCGGGCGCCAAAGAUAUCAUGGAGUUGUGCAGAGGAAACCCCGCUGGUUCAAGUCGUCACUCCAUAUAGAGCUCAUCCUGCACUUAACGCAUUACCGGACAGCCUCGUAUACGACGGAACCUCGUUAGCGCCACUCCAGCACGACGGCGACAGAUGCUCACGAGUCACAUCAAGUAGCGAAACCUGA